GCCCAAUCCCAAAGCGAUAUUUUCGGCAUGGUCUGUAUCGAGAAAAAUGCUUCGCACUUCGUGAUCAGCUCGUCCGUACGCAGCGCAAAGGGAUUGGGUCCUCUUGCCAGCCUUCGUGUAAAGUCUGGCUGUAUUUCAAGCAGGAAGAGGCGGCUAAGCGGGAGCGGUCAGGUGGAUAGUAUGGGUCGGGACUGCGUUGUUUUCCAGGGCACGACGGCUCAGCCUCUCCAUCACCAGUACGAGUCACGCUUGCCUGGGUUCUCAGGUGAGAAUGGCAAGACGCCUACUCACCGGACUAUUAAACGAUCUAAGUACAUUUACAGUGAUCGUUUUAUCCCGUCACGGCUUACCACGAAGCUAGACACUGGGUUUGGACUUACAGCAGAUUCAUCUCGUCAGUGUAGCAACCAGAGCCAUGACAAUGGAGCUAGUAGACCUCAGGGUGCCUCCUUGUCAACUUCGACGCCUGGGGGAGGCGCUGGUGGAAGCGUGGAUAGCAAUUCGAAAAACCAGGUUGGAACACCGUCGCCGUAUUCGAUGAUGCUGAAGCGAGAGCUGCUCGGACUGCACUCACCUACUCGUACGAAUUUCGGCGGCGGUCAAUCCUCAGCUGCUUCGAGUGCGUCCAGUCACGACGGUGUGAGUGCAGUUUAUGACCCACGAUCCUCUUUGUGUGUACGAAUGUACAAUGGCAGCACGUGCAUACGACCAAGCGGCUCUUCAUCGAGCAACAUUUUACGCUUCAAAGCCCCGCGGCAAACUCCGUAUGGGGACGUGAAGCCCUUUAUUCCUUUCUUCGGGCUGACAGAUCCCUCGCAUCGUUUUCUUGGUACCGGCCUACAGGACGGAGAAAACGGUCGUCGACGGAUUGCACGCACGCCGUUCAAGGUGCUGGAUGCGCCGUCGCUGCAGGAUGAUUUCUACCUGAAUCUCGUGGACUGGUCCGCUACGAAUAUCGUCGCCGUGGGUCUCAGCUCGUGUGUCUAUCUCUGGAGCGCUUGCACCAGUAAGGUGACUAUGCUCUGCGAUCUUGGGCCGAAUGAUUCCGUCACGUCCGUCAGUUGGAGUCAACGGGGCACACAUUUAUCUGUGGGAACCAACAGCGGUGAAGUGCAGAUCUGGGACGUCAGCGCUGGCAAAAAGACGCGCACCAUGACUGGGCAUCUAGCUCGUGUGGGGACUUUAGGCUGGAGCGGCCAGUCGUUGGCAUCGGGUAGUCGAGAUCGCUCCAUUCUCAUGCGCGACCUGCGAACACAGGAGCCUUUCCAAAACAAACUGGCCGGCCACAAGCAAGAAGUCUGCGGCUUGAAGUGGUCCUUUGACGGUCGGCAGUUGGCUUCUGGAGGCAACGACAACAAACUGCUCAUUUGGAACGUGCAGUCCGUGUCUUCCAGUCUACGCGGUGAUACGACCAUGCCUCUGGCGCGUUUUAACGAGCACUCGGCGGCAGUGAAGGCUAUCGCAUGGUCGCCUCACCAGCACGGACUAUUGGCUUCUGGUGGCGGCACGGCUGACAGGUGUAUCCGCUUCUGGAACACGCAGACGUUGACGGCUUUGCCUUUCGUAGACACAGGCUCACAGGUGUGCAACCUCAUGUGGUCAAAGAAUGCCAAUGAAGUCGUGAGUACGCACGGCUACUCGUUGAACCAGAUCAUCGUGUGGAAGUAUCCGACUAUGACCAAGUUGGCCACACUCACGGGCCACACGUUCCGUGUGCUGUAUCUCGCCAUGUCACCGGACGGCCAGACGAUCGUCACUGGAGCAGGAGACGAAACUCUGCGCUUCUGGAACGCCUUCCCAAGCACCAAAGCCCAACGUGGCAGUCGCCUUGGAACGGACUUGAUGCUGCCCUUGAGUGUCGGCAGCGAGAUCCGAUGA